AAUAACAUUCACAUAACGCAAGGUGGCGCUGCUGGCUAAAAAGAGGGGGGAAAUUUGCACAAAGGGUGUUGCAGAUUCCAGCAUUAAAAGGAAAGCCGACCAGACAAGAGUAAAGAAAACCGUGCUGACAGGAGUUGGGGGAAAUUGGGGGAUCCCUCCCCACAAGCACUGGUAUUAUAAGCUCAUUUCUAAGGACUCAGUUGCCAUUUCUGAGAGCUGCCUGAGGACCAGUGUUUUUAAAGGAGAAUGGAGUCUAGAGCGGAGCGUGCUGGGCAGAAAAGGCAAGUCCUAUUUCUUUGUGUAUUUCUGGGAGUGUCUUGGGCUGUUGCGGAGCCGCUUCGGUAUUUUGUGGCUGAGGAAACGGAGAGAGGCACCUUUCUGGCCAACCUAGCAAAAGCUGGGUUAGGGGCAGGGGAACUGUCAGCCCGGGGAGCUAGAAUUGUUUCAGAUCAGAACAUACUAUUUUUACUGCUCAAUCCACUUACUGGUGAUUUACUGCUGAAUGAGAAAUUAGACCGAGAGGAGCUGUGCGGCCCCACAGAGCCGUGUGUGCUGCCUUUCCAGUUGUUACUGGAAAAGCCUUUUCAGAUUUUCCGUGCUGAAUUGUGGGUCAGCGACAUCAACGAUCAUUCGCCAGUAUUUCUGGACAGAGAGAUUCCCUUGAAAAUAUUAGAAAGUACCAUUCCAGGAGCAGCAUUUCUCCUAGAGAGUGCACAAGAUGCGGAUGUUGGAAUCAACAAUCUGAGAAACUACACAAUCAGCCCCAACACCUAUUUCCAUAUCAAUGUCCAUGACGGUGGUGAGGGGAGUAUCUACCCUGAGUUGGUACUGGAUAGAGCUCUGGACCGAGAAGAGGUGCCUGAGCUCAGUUUAACCCUCACGGCUUUGGAUGGCGGCUCUCCGCCUAGAUCCGGGACCGCUCUCGUACGGAUCGAGGUUGUGGACACAAAUGACAACGUCCCUGAAUUUGUUCAGUUGCUCUACAAAGUGCAGGUGGCUGAGAAUAGCCCGGUUGGCUCACUAGUUGUCACCGUGUCAGCUAGAGAUUUAGAUGCCGGAAGUAAUGGGGAAAUAGUUUAUGCAUUUUUUUAUGCAACUGACAAAAUUCUCAAAACGUUUCAAAUAGAUCCAACAUCUGGCACAAUUCAUCUUAAAGCUGAACUGAACUAUGAGGCAAUACAAAACUAUACAUUAACUGUUCAGGCCAAAGAUGGUGGAGGACUUUCUGGAAAAUGUACUGUGGUGGUUCAAGUAACAGAUGUUAAUGAUAAUCCACCGGAACUGCUCAUGUCAUCACUUACUAGCCCAAUUUCAGAAAAUUCUCCAAAGACUGUAGUAGCUGUCUUUAGGAUUAGAGACAGAGAUUCAGGGAAUAAUGCAAAGUUGGUGUGCUCCAUCCAAGAUGAUCUCCCCUUUGUCCUGAAGCAAUCUGUAGAGAAUUACUACACCCUUGAAACAGAGAGACCGCUGGACAGAGAAAAGCAGGCCGAGUACAACAUCACGAUCAGCGUCACGGACAUGGGGACCCCCAGGCUGAGGACCCAGCACCACAUCACCGUGCUGGUGUCCGACGUGAACGACAACGCCCCCGCCUUCAGCCAGAGCGCCUACACGCUGCUGGUGCGCGAGAACAACAGCCCCGCGCUGCACAUCGGCAGCGUGCGCGCCACCGACGCCGACGCGGGCUCCAACGCGCAGCUCACCUACUCGCUGCUGCCGCCGGCCGCGCGCACCGCCGCCGCCGCCGCGCUCGUGGCCGUCAACGCCGACACCGGCCAGCUGUUCGCGCUGCGCUCGCUCGACUACGAGGCGCUGCGCGCCUUCGACUUCCUGGUGGGCGCCACGGACCGCGGCUCGCCCGCGCUCAGCGGCCAGGCGCGGGUGCGCGUCGUGGUGCAGGACGCCAACGACAACGCGCCCUCCGUGCUCUACCCGCCGCCCAACGCCUCGGCGCCCUGCCCCGAGCUGGUGCCGCGCGCGGCCGACGCGGGCUACCUGGUCACCAAGGUGGUGGCGGUGGACGGCGACGCGGGCCAGAACGCCUGGCUGUCGUUCCAGCUGCUCAGGGCCACGGAGCCCGGGCUGUUCGGCGUGUGGGCGCACAACGGCGAGGUGCGCACCGCCAGGCCGCUGGGCGAGCGCGACGCGCCCAAGCACCGGCUGGUCGUGCUGGUCAAGGACAACGGCGAGCCGCCGCUGUCGGCCAGCGUCACGCUGCACGUGCUGCUGGUCGACGGCUUCUCGCAGCCCUACCUGCCGCCGCCCGACGCGCCGCCGCCCGCCGCGCAGGCCGACCGCCUCACCGCGUCCCUGGUGGUGGCGCUGGCCGCCGUGUCGUCGCUCUUCCUCCUGUGCGCGCUCGCCUUCGCGGCCGCGCGCCUGUGCGGGAGGCGCGGGGCCGGCGCGCGCGCGGGCUCGCUGGGGCCCGACGGCCCCUUCCCGGGCCGCCUGGUGGACGUGGGCGGCGCCGGGACGCUGUCCCACAGCUACCAGUAUGAGGUGUGCCUGACGGGAGGCACUGGAACCAGCGACUUCAAAUUCUUAAAACCAGUUAUUCCUAACCUGCAGUACCAGUGCACAGGAAGAGGUACAGAAGAAAAUCCCUCAAUCCGAAAUGACUUGAGUUUCUGAUAAAGAAUGAAAUAUAUAAAUGCUGUCAUCUAUCU